AUGCAUACAGCAAGAUUGCUGUUACAGGGAUCCGUGUCAUUUGAGGAUGUGGCUGUGGAUUUCACCCGACAGGAGUGGCACAGACUGGACCCUGCUCAGAGGACCAUGCACAAGGAUGUGAUGCUGGAGACCUACAGCAACCUGGAAUCUGUGGGCCUCUGCGUGGCCAAACCAGAGAUGAUUUUCAAGUUGGAGCGAGGAGAAGAGCUGUGGAUAUUAGAGGAGGAAUCCUCAGGCCAUGGUUACCCAGGAUCUCUGUCACUGCUGUGUAGCAACAGUUCUGUUGGGGGUAAUGCCCUCAGGCAUGAUAGUGACUUUCAGCAUCAGAAGAUUCAAACUUUGGAUCAAAACAUUGAAUAUAAUGUAUGUGGGAAAGGCUUCCAUGAGAAAACUUGCUUUGUUAGACACAAAAGAACACAUACAGGAGAUAAAAACUUUGAAUGUCAUGAAUGUGGGAAAGCUUACUGCAGGAAAUCAAACCUUGUUGAACAUCUGAGAAUACACACAGGGGAGAGACCCUAUGGAUGUGGUGAAUGUGCAAAAACCUUCAGCGCAAGAUCAUACCUCAUUGCUCAUCAGAAAACUCACACAGGGGAGAAGCCUUUUGAAUGUACUGAAUGUGGGAAAUCUUUUGGCAGGAAAUCACAACUCAUUCUACAUCAGAGAACACACACAGGAGAGAGACCCUAUGAAUGUACCGAAUGUGGGAAAACCUUUUCUGAGAAGGCAACCCUCACAAUUCAUCAAAGAACUCACACAGGGGAGAAACCCUAUGAAUGUACUGAAUGUGGUAAAACAUUUCGUGUAAAGAUAUCCCUUACCCAACACCAGAGAACUCACACGGGGGAGAAACCCUAUGAAUGUGGGGAAUGUGGGAAAAACUUCCGUGAAAAGAAAUCCCUAAAUCAACAUCAAAGAAUUCACACAGGUGAGAAACCCUAUGAAUGUGAUGAAUGUGGGAAAUUCUUCCGAAUAAAGACAACUCUCAAUAAUCAUCAGAGAACUCACACAGGAGAAAAACCCUAUCAGUGUAAUGAAUGUGGGAAAUCUUUCAGGGUGCACUCAUCUCUCGGGAUCCAUCAGAGAAUUCACACAGGAGAGAAACCAUAUGAAUGUGAUGAAUGUGGUAAUGCCUUCUAUGUGAAAGCACGCCUCAUUGAACAUCAGAGAAUGCAUUCAGGAGAGAGACCUUAUGAAUGUAGUCAAUGUGGAAAAAUCUUCAGUAUGAAGAAAUCCCUUCGUCAACACCAGAGAACUCACACAGGAGAGAAACCUUAUGAAUGUAGUGAAUGUGGAAAUGCCUUCUAUGUGAAAGUACGCCUCAUUGAACAUCAGCGAAUUCACACAGGAGAGAGACCCUUUGAGUGUCAGCACUGUGGGAAAGCUUUCUGCCGGAAAGCACACCUCACAGAACAUCAGAGAACUCACAUGGGCCGAUCCUUGCCUUUUACAAUGCAGAAAGCUUCUCCCUGAAGACUCCCCUCACCAAUGGGUCAAGCCCCUUGGGCAUCUGAUCACCUGGGCAUACACGGUGUGUCUGUAACAAUUUGGCACCUACAUUGGGUUUUUCCUUCUAUGCAUUGACUGUUCAUAUCUUUUGCUCAUUGUUUUCUAAUGGGCUGUUCAUUUUUUCUUCUUGGUUUAAAUGUUGUUGUUUAAUAUAUGAGAAUAU